AUGCCAGUAGAAGUGGAAAUUAUCGAGAAACUUCGAUCGAAGAAAAAAGUCGCCAAGUCAGGCAUUACAAGGAAUGUAAAUCGCGUUAGGGAGCUAAUAAACAACAAAGAAAGCGUUUCUAAGGUACGUCAGUAUGCUAAAAAUAUUGAAGAAGCUAAAGAAAAGGCUCGGAUUGUAAUAAACGAACUUGAAAAAGCCGAUCCAUCGUCUAUUGAAGCCGAUGGCGAAUGGCUUGUCGAGGUCGAGUGUGACGUGACUGAUGCAAAACUUACAGCAAGGUGAGUUGCCAACUGGUCGAGCAUUGGGAGUUCGGUGGGAUGCACGAUCAGACACUCUAGGACUCGCUUAUGCACAUGUUGAACGUCCAUCCACCCAGUCGACCAAACGCGGUAUUCUAGCCAAAUUAGCUGGCCUAUAUGAUCCACUGGGAUGGUCGAGUCCAUUUACGGUACGUGCAAAAAUCACCCUGCAACGCACAUGAUCCCGAGGACUAGAUUGGGAUGAACCCUUGCCAGCCGACAUUGCAUCUGAGUGGGUUAAGUGGGAAUCCGAGGUCGCAGCCCUAAAGGCUUUCGCAGUACCACGGUACAUUUACAGUCUGUCAUCAAAAACAUUGACGAGAGAGCUUGUGGUUUUCUGUGACGCUUCGGAAGAUGCCUGCGCAGCUGUCGCCUACAUGCGUGCAGUACUUGUGGACGGUGAAGUCAUAUGUCACCUAGUCAUGGCGAAGACACGCCUCAUGCCAUUGAAAACGAUCUCCAUUCCCAGAGGAGAGCUGAUGGGUUGUCAGCUAGCUGUGCUUCUCGCAAAAACCAUCUGCGAACAGUUAGGGUUGAGUAUGCUUCAUGUUACAUACUUAUCCGAUUCAACCACGGCGAUAUGGUGGAUCCACGGAGAGCCGCGAAAUUUCCAACCAUUUGUUGCAAACCGAGUAGCCGAAGUGAUUUCAGAGAGUGAUCCCGGACAAUGGCAUCACGUAAGAACGGAUUUGAAUGUGGCUGACAUUGCAACAAGGGGAGUCGCCGCCAACGACCUUAAGCCAGAAUCACGAUGGAUAAACGGCCCAGAUUUCCUAAAGUCCGAUAAGUCAGAGUGGCCCAUCGAUGAUAUUCCUGGCCCACCUUCUCCAACCGCCCAGAGGGAGAUGAAGAAGAAAGUGCUAGGAGCAGAAGUGGUUGUGCCAAAGCUUCUUGAUCCAGCCAGCUAUUGCAACUGGUUGAAGCUUGUUCGCGUUACGGCAUGGAUUCUGCGGUUCUGUCAUAACCUGCGUAAGAAAGAUCGGCGGAACGCGGAAGUUCUAAGUGUCGAAGAAUUGGAGGAAGCUGAGCUGUAUUGGAUCAAGUCUGCACAACAAGAUCGUUUUGGAGUUGAAGUCGAGUCAUUGUCGAAAGGUCGUCCUGCCGCGCAAGCUAGUCGAAUCGCAGAUCUUAAUCCACAGUUGGUGAAUGGAAUCUUACGUGUUGGAGGGCGUAUUGACAAAGCCGAACUGCCAUGGGAAGCAAAGCAUCCCAUCAUAUUAGAUCACGGACACGACAUCACUCGUCUGAUUGUCAUCCAUUACCAUCGGAAACUGAUCCACGCCGGAGUUGAGCACGUAUUCAACCAUAUACGUGAGAAGUAUUGGAUUCUACGCGGCCAUUCGGAAGUCAAGAAUUGCACCGUCAAAUGCCCAUUAUGUCACCAACGUUGCAUCCAGCCCCUCACACAAAGAAUGAGCAGCUUAUCAUCUACACGCCUUGCCGGCGUUAGUGUCCCAUUCCAGAAUGUCGGACUGGAUUAUGCAGGACCAUUUUCUGUCCGUAUUGGUCGUAACCGAAUCGAGAAGCGUAACAUUUGCCUGUUUACGUGUAUGCACAUGCGUGCCGUGCACCUCGAAGUAGCCCACAGCCUUGAGGCAGACUCGUUCAUAAUGGCCUUACGACGUUUCCUAGCUCGGCGUGGAAACCCGGCCCGCAUUCUGAGCGACAACGGUACCAAUUUCGUCGGCGCCGAGCGUGAGUCACGAGAAUCCGUUCUUGAAAUCGAUCAAGAACGAGUCGCCGACGAACUUAGUGCACGCGGCGUACAAUGGAUUUUCAUUCCACCUGCUGCUCCCUGGUUUGGUGGAGCUUGGGAGUCUUUAGUUUAG